AUGAUUCGUAGCAGUGCUCCCUUCUUCAGCUCCCUUCGUAGCUGUGCUCCCUUCUUCAGCUCCCUUAGUGACAUCAAUGUACCAGAUAUAGCGAUUCUCGGAUCAAAAUUUGAAAGCUACGGAAAACAUUUAAGUGCCGCCGUAUUUCCUACACCCGCAUUUCCAGCAAAAGGCGUAUUGCAUGAACCGAAUUAUAGACUUAUGGUUCCCCUAGUGUUCAAACAGGAGAAAGAAGAUAAAGCCCUGAAUGUGUGGUGUGUAGUGGUAACAGGCGUACCAUUCAACUACCUAAGUGUCAAGACACUUGAAGCAUUUGUAGGUGAAGGCAAUGUUGAGCAAGACAAAACUUAUCGCUUUGCAGUCCAGGAUCAGAGCAAAAUCAUUGAAUGCCGUGUCUCCGAGGUGGGCUCACACUUCGAACAUGUAAACGUCUUGGGAGCAUAUGGCCUGAGCGACUUAAGACUUUCUGCUCAUUUCGACUGGAAGAGUAAUACAUUUACUCUCCAAGAUUAG